CCGGGGCCGCUGCUGACAACAAGAUGGCGGCAGCGGCGGCGGGUCCGGCGGGCGCCGAGAGCCGCGUGCUGGGCUACAGCCUGCACCGCUGGAGCAGCUUCUCCUCCACGUACCUGCCCGAGAAUAUCUUGGUGGAUAAGCCCAAUGAUCAGUCCUCAAGGUGGUCUUCAGAAAGCAAUUAUCCCCCCCAGUAUUUGAUUCUGAAACUUGAAAGACCUGCCAUAGUCCAGAGCAUCACGUUUGGCAAAUAUGAGAAAACACACGUCUGCAAUUUAAAGAAGUUCAAAGUUUUUGGUGGGAUGAAUGAGGAGAAUAUGACAGAUCUCUUGUCCAGUGGCUUAAAGAAUGAUUAUAACAAAGAAACAUUCACCUUGAAGCAUAAAAUUGAUGAACAGAUGUUCCCCUGUCGAUUCAUUAAGAUAGUUCCACUCUUGUCCUGGGGGCCUAGCUUCAAUUUUAGUAUCUGGUAUGUUGAACUUAAUGGCAUUGAUGAUCCAGAUGUGGUCCAGCCGUGCCUCAACUGGUACAGCAAGUACCGUGAACAGGAAGCCAUUCGCCUUUGCCUAAAGCAUUUUCGGCAGCACAACUACACCGAGGCUUUCGAGUCGCUGCAGAAGAAAACCAAGAUUGCUCUGGAGCACCCCAUGUUGACAGACCUCCACGACAAGCUGGUGUUGAAGGGAGACUUUGAUGCUUGUGAAGAACUGAUAGAAAAAGCUGUGAACGAUGGCUUAUUCAAUCAGUAUAUCAGUCAGCAAGAGUACAAGCCUCGCUGGGGGCAGAUUAUCCCCAAAAGCACCAAAGGUGAUGGGGAAGACAGUCGACCAGGGAUGAGAGGUGGCCAUCAGAUGGUUAUAGAUGUGCAGACAGAAACUGUUUAUUUGUUUGGUGGCUGGGAUGGAACUCAGGAUCUGGCUGACUUCUGGGCAUACAGUGUGAAGGAAAACCAGUGGACCUGCAUAUCCAGGGAUACUGAGAAAGAGAGUGGUCCCAGUGCCAGAUCUUGUCACAAGAUGUGCAUUGACAUCCAGCGAAGGCAGAUCUACACGCUGGGCCGUUACCUGGAUUCCUCCGUGAGGAACAGCAAGUCCCUGAAAAGUGACUUCUAUCGCUACGACAUUGACACCAACACUUGGAUGUUACUGAGCGAGGACACUGCAGCUGAUGGAGGCCCCAAGCUGGUGUUUGAUCAUCAGAUGUGUAUGGAUUCUGAAAAACACAUGAUCUACACCUUUGGAGGCCGAAUCCUGACCUGCAAUGGCAGUGUGGAUGACAGCAGAGCCAGUGAGCCACAGUUCAGUGGGUUGUUUGCUUUCGACUGCCAAUGCCAGACAUGGAAACUUCUGCGAGAGGAUUCCUGCAAUGCUGGACCCGAGGAUAUCCAGUCCCGGAUAGGACACUGUAUGUUGUUCCAUUCUAAAAAUCGCUGCUUGUACGUGUUUGGUGGCCAGAGAUCAAAGACUUACUUGAAUGACUUCUUCAGCUAUGAUGUGGACAGUGACCACGUGGACAUUAUAUCAGAUGGCACGAAGAAAGAUUCAGGGAUGGUUCCAAUGACAGGUUUCACUCAAAGGGCCACCAUUGAUCCGGAACUGAACGAAAUCCACGUCUUGUCAGGGCUCAGUAAAGACAAGGAGAAGCGGGAAGAGAAUGUAAGGAAUUCAUUCUGGAUUUAUGACAUUGUGAGGAACAGCUGGUCAUGUGUCUAUAAGAAUGACCAAGCAGCAAAAGAGAACCCAGGUAAAAGCCUCCAGGAAGAGGAGCCCUGCCCAAGGUUUGCCCAUCAGCUGGUGUAUGAUGAGUUGCACAAGGUUCAUUACUUAUUUGGAGGGAAUCCUGGUAAAUCCUGCUCUCCCAAGAUGAGAUUAGAUGAUUUCUGGUCUCUGAAGCUCUGUCGACCUUCAAAGGAAUACCUGCUAAGACACUGCAAAUACCUCAUCAGAAAGCACAGGUUUGAAGAAAAAGCUCAGACUGACCCUCUUAGUGCACUGAAGUACCUGCAGAAUGACCUGUAUGUGACUGUGGAUCACUCGGACCCCGAGGAGACAAAAGAGUUUCAGCUUCUUGCCUCAGCAUUAUUUAAGUCUGGCUCGGAUUUCACGACUCUUGGAUUUUCAGAUGUUGACCACACGUAUGCCCAGAGAACUCAGCUGUUUGACACACUAGUCAACUUCUUUCCAGACAACAUGACCCCUCCUAAAGGCAACCUGGUGGACCUCAUCACGCUGUAACGGAGCAAUCACUGGACACGUGGAAGAGGAAAAAAAGCAUCCAUUUUCAGUAUUUUAAUUUUUUUACUGCAUUGAUUGACUGCUGGGAUGAAGUUAAUAUAGUAACCCCUAGGUGUUUGAAAGGGGUUUUAUACUUGUAUGGUGAAUCCCUGGAGCUUUUCCCUUGGAGUAGGUUAAUAAAAUGUAACUGACGUACUUCUGACUAAAUAUAUA